AUGCCCCCCUCGAAAGGAUCUCGUUCCACCGGCGGUGGCGCUGGCAGCAAGAUGUCUGGCUCUGACGCAUCACGCGUACAGUCCACCCAGGCGAAGUCCGGUGGGGAAACGGGCAAGAACAGCUUCCCCGCCCGCGCCCAGAGCGCCGCUGCCAAGAACGGCACGCCCGCUUCUGGCCCGAAGGCUGGCAAGGGAGGAAAGGCAUAG